AUGUCCGAGAGUGGAUACGGUUCCCGAGGGGAGUACGUAGCAAACCACGUCCCUAACGACGCACACCGUGUGCAGCGACUCCAAGAUGGCACCAUCGAAAUCGUCGAUAAUCUGCCGAAACAAGAGUAUUAUCGAAGUCUUCGUCGACCCAUGGCUUCCGAAUCUGUUGACAAUGGACUUGCUGCCACCGGAUUGGCCAGCCAACUGAGCUUGGAUAUCGCUCAAUCUGGGGGAACUCUCCUAUCGGGUUUGGGUAAAAAGAAUGCCACCGUGUUGGAUUACAAACCCUCGGGACAUGAGGAACUCUGUCAUGUGCUGAUGCUCGAAGGAGUAGAGAAGACAUUCAGUAUUGACCGGAAUGCCUAUGGGAUCCAUUUGUUUGAAAAAGUGUGCAGGGAACUGGACCUGCGAGAAACCGAAUAUUUUGGAAUGACGUACCGAGGUGCUCCGAGAACAGACUAUUGGUUGAAAAUGAACAAGCGUUUGUCAAAGCAAUUGGAAAAAAAACCAUGGAAGCUGGAGUUCCACAUCCGGCACUAUCCAUUGGACAUUGACGAACUAAAGGAUGAUCUGACACGGUACUGUCUCUGUCUACAAAUUCGGCAGGACAUCAUAUCUGGACAAUUACCGUGCUCCUUCCAGGUCUACGUCAUUUUGGGUGCUUAUGCGGUGCAGUCAGAAGCUGGAGACUAUGAUCCGGACAACCACGUGGGAAUUGAAUACAUUUCUAACAUACCAUUCGCCCCUCAAUCCCUACAAACCUCACAGAUGCUGCAACGGAUAACUGAAUUGCAUAAAUUGCACAAGGGUCACACACCGGUUCAAGCUGACAGAGGUUUUCUGGAGAAUGCCCGGAGGCUGGCACUCUAUGGAGUAGAAUUCCACAACGCAAAAACUCCCCUUGAUGAAGACGUAUCCAUCGGCGUGUACCACAGCGGGAUCCUCGUCUACCGUGGUCGCAUACGUAUUGGACGAUUUCUGUGGCCCCAACUGGUUCAACUGUCCCACAAGUCAAGAACGUUUAGCAUGUGCACCCGUGCAGUGAAUAUCAGUCCCAAGAUCCGUGCUGCAUUCCUUCUGAAGAAUAACGGGUCUACGUCCGGCUCCGGUCUUUUAAGUGCCAAACGCAAGUCCGCUGGUUCAAAGGAUCAGCAAGAUUUGCACCAAGUGUGUACAUUGAAUUUCCAAUUUGCCGAACCUCGCUUGGCCAAACGACUUUGGGAGUCUUGCACUUCGCAACAUGCCUUCUUCAGACUCCGAGAACCUCCUGGACCUCGAAGACCAAAUCUGACCUCCGCGUUUAAUACAAGAAAGUAUCAUUAUUCAGACAAAGGGCUCACCGGAUCGCAGACUAUGUUUCCUCCCAACGACUGGCCUACCGGACGUCCGCAACCUGCAAUCCAACGUGUUCCAACCCAGCGGAAACCAGCUCACUAUGCAUCUUCAGGCGUUGCUCCUGUGGUUUCUAACGCGGAUCCCGAUCAGUUCUACAUCAUACCUGGGUCCCCGGCUCCUUUGCCAGCGGACUCCGUCGAUGUCACUUUGCUACAAAGCAUGCCUCCAGCCUAUCGGAAACCUGGGCCGAUUCGCGCCCCGUUGGCGCAGGAGUACUGGCGAAUGUCCCCUGCGGACUGCACACCUUGCCUAGGGAUGAAUAUUGACGGAACCGAUGUGGCCGCCAUGGCUGACACCGAUUGGCAGGGCUGUCGAACCAACCGGGGAUUAAAGUGGCCAGGCGCCUAUUUCUACGAGGUUGUCGUGAUGGAGGAGGGCGCGUUGCGGCUCGGUUGGUCAACCAACGAUGCGAGUCUCCUUCUCGGCACCGAUUCCAAGGGAUUCGGGUACGGAGUCAAUGAAAUCGGUUGUUCCACCACUCUCGGAUCAGCUGGCCUUUUGUAUCAAGACAAAAGGAUUCAAGAGUAUGGCUGUCACGUGGUUCCUGGUGACGUAAUCGGUUGCUAUCUGGAGCUGAAUGCUGGGACCGGACAGUUUUCCGCCCAAUGGAGUCACAAUGGGCGGAUGUUCGGCCCGGCUCCGCUGCCUAAUCCCUACGCCAUUUCCCCUGAUGAGCCCUUGUUUCCAGCUGCUUCUCUAAAAGAUGCUCGUAUCGUGUUCAACUUUGGCUACAAACCCUUCCGAUUCCCGCCCAAACAACCGUCCAGCACUGGAGAACCGUGGAUUCCCGUGUCAGACACACCAGAUGCGCUCCGAGUGCCCAAUCUUAACGUUGGGUGGCGCGUCAAUCCUGCCGAUGUGAGUUCCAAGACUAAUUUACUGAUCUCACCAAACGGUCGGAUGGUUCAGGCGCUAGCCAAUACCGGUUGGCAAGGGUUCCGCGUGAAUAAGGGUAUCUUUGGCGGAGGCAAGUAUUACUACGAGGUAAAGGUUGUAGAGGACUCCGGAUUGGCUCGUGUUGGCUGGUCUUCCGAUGGUGCAAGCUUGGACUUGGGCACAGACUGCUUCGGAUACGGCUUCGGUGCCGAUCGAGACGGUUUUGGCAUCACGGGGACCCAAGGCAAAAAGCUUCACGCUGACAUGAUUGAAAAUUAUGGCGAAGCAUUCGGCAAAGAUGACGUGAUUGGAUGUUUUCUCGAUUUGGACACCGGCGUGAUUCAAUGGUCGAAAAAUGGCCGUCUCUUCGGAAAUGCAUACUGGCUUCCGGAAAAAGUGUUGAGGCGAGCAGAUCCCAUUUUUCCCGCCGCAUCACUCGUCGAUACCACUCUUGAAUUGAACUACGGAGAUUUACCGUUCGAGUAUCCACCAGAGGGGGAUUGGCUCCCAAUGUUUGCAGCUCCUGAUGAAAGUGUAACCGAGUCAGCUUCCUGGCAAAAUCAGAGAGCAGUGGAACGACAAGAACGUGACAUCCACAAGUCACAUUUUCGCUUGGAACGUCCAGAAGUGAGACCUACUCCACCGCUCCGCUCAAGCUCACGUCUUGGUGAGGAUGGAGAACCUCUACAGAUCAUUGUAGCCGACACCGGUAUCGAAUCUCCCACACCACCAGACGAGGAUGAAGUACACACAUUCACUGAGGCUGAAUCGGAGGAGGCGGGAAGCGAUUCGCUGCUUGGAGGACUUCGGAACCCAAUGCGUAAACUCACGUCGGUUCAAUACGCAGCAACAGAGCGUCGCGAGAAUGAGAUUACUACUACGCAAAACGGAAUUACAGCAUGUGAAGAAGCCGAUCGAGCGCUGAACGCAGCCAUUUUUGAGACAACUCGCUUCAACCCACACAUCUCCGUUCUGACUGAUUCUAUUGGACUCACGCUAAAGAGUAACGGCCACCUUUGA